UUAAUAUUUCCAGAUCUGACACAGAAUGGAUGGGACAGGUCCUGCUGUUGGUCUCACCCCUUCUUCUCCUAAGAAGUUAAGUUUUGAUGACCUCCUCCUGGAAGCCGGUGGCUUUGGAAGAUUCCAGGUACUUACUUUGAUGAUCCUAUGCAUUCCCCGCUUAAUUUUACCCCAAAACUUUCUCCUGCACAUCUUUAUCUCAUCCGUUCCCAGCCAUCACUGUGCCAUUUUCCCAAACGAACUAAUGGGCAAUCUGACCAAGGAGGACCUUCUCCUCGUCUACAUCCCCCGAGAGGUAGAUGGGGCCUACAGCUCCUGUAAGAUGUACUCGCAGCCACAGCUACAUCUACUCCAUAAUAACUCCGAAGUAACAGCCAACAAAUCUUCAGUGAGAAGCUGUGAUCAGGGAUGGGAAUAUGAUCACUCCACGUUUAUCUCAACCACUGCCACCCAGUGGGACCUGGUCUGUGAGAGGAAAUGGUUAAAUUCAGCUCUGGCCACUUUCUUUUUCAUUGGAGUGACAAUGGGAGCCAUAUGCAUUGGCUACCUCUCUGACAGGUAUGGCCGCCGUACGAUGUUACUGAUCUGCUAUAUCUUAUCAUUUGUAUUUGGGAGUCUGUCUGCUGUGUCCAUCUCCUAUACCAUGCUAGCUGUAUGCCGGACUCUUUGUGGCAUAUCCCUGGCUGGGCUCUCUAUUACUACAGUGGCCCUGAGUGUGGAGUGGGUGGAUACGCGGCAUCGAACCUUCGCUGAGAUCAUUACUGGGAUGUUUUGGAGUGUGGGCUCGGUUUCUCUUGCCCUGAUGGCAUACCUGUUGCGGGAUUGGCACUGGUUACUGGGAGCAGCCACUGCUCCAUGUCUGCUGGGAAUAAUCAGUAUCUGGUGGCUUCCUGAAUCUGCCAGGUGGCUUCUAGCCAAUGGGAAGGUUGAGAAAGCAGAGGCCGAGCUGGCCCGAUGUGCUGUAGUCAAUGGUCAGAUUUAUGAGAAGAGCAGCACAAAUAAGAGGAUCCAGACGCUGUUAGAACACAGACCGCCAUCAGUCAGUCCAUCAUAUAUUGACCUGUUCCGUACGCCAGCUCUACGCAAGCUCUCGCUCUGUCUGGCACUGAUAUGGUUUGCUGUGGCCUCUUCAUAUUAUGGCAUCAGUCUAAACAUCACUGGCUUUGGCCUGAGCAUAUACCUGACCCAUUGCUUAUAUGGACUGAUUGAGUUCCCGGCCAAACUGGGGAUCUAUGUCCUUAUGAACUGGCUGGGCCGACGCUGGACCCAGGUCCUCGUCCUGAUGGGUACCGCAGUAUGCAUAGGCGCCAACAUGAUCAUUCCAAUGGCAUUUGGUUCUUUGAGAUCAGCUGUGGCUAUAUUUGGAAAAGGAUUCUCUGAAGCAUCUUUUACCUCCAUCAUCUUGUACACAGCAGAGAUUUAUCCCACCAUAAUCAGGCAGAACGGCAUUGGCUAUGCAUCCUUUGUGGGCCGCCUUGGGGUCUCUGUGGCUCCGAUGAUAAUGCUUUUGGAAGAUGUGUGGCUUAUCCUGCCCCAGACAUUGUUCUGCUGUCUGGCAGUGACUGGUGGCUUGGUUGCAAAUCUCCUUCCCGAAACACAGAAUGUGCAGCUACCGGAGACCAUCUCUGACGUGGAGAGCAAGAGGAGUCACCUGCACAACGAGAUUCAAAUGACUGAACAUUGACUCCGUGGAAUGAAACCCGUUCUUCUCUUAUAUCAAAUUGGCAAUACCGGCAAGUCAAGAGAUGGAGAGUCUGGAACCAGCACAUUUAAAGGGAUACUCUGGGCACCAAAAC